AUGGCUAGUCACAGGAGGCGCGGCAGACCCGACGAUCCACUCGCGUCAGACCCCGAAGACGGAGACUGGGGCGCCGAAUCAUCACCACGACCCCAGAAGCGACGCCAAUCGAGACCGGCAGCCGGUGCCAAGAAGCGUCCACAAAAGAGACAGCGUCGGUACGGAUCUGAAGACGACAUCGUCAGUGAUGAGGAAGAGGGAGACUCUGCAUCCUACGAGUCCUCCAUCGAAAGCGAAGAGGACGUCGAGAUCGGCGCCUCAGGUCGGCCCGUACGGAAAGCAGUGAAGAAAGAAGUGAAAUACGAAGAAAAGAGUAGUGACGACGAGAUCGAUAACACCUCUGACGAAGACCGCGACGAGCUCGCACCCACCCCACAAAAAUCCCGCAGACCGAAACCGAAGGACAAGAAACAGUCCCUGAUCGUGAAAUUCAAGAUGCCGCCAACACGGCGAUCAACUCGCGCUCGCACGGGCAGCAAGUCGUCCAUCAAGGCACAAACUCCAGAGGUAGCCAUAGGCACGCGACGAAGCAGCCGACUGUCUCACGAGAGGGAUGAGCCGACCAUAGCCCUAUCCGACUCCGGCAAGCACGUCCAGGUCCUCCGCGCGGGCUCCUUGGAUCCCGAGCCCCUGCCUUCGCGCCAGACACGAGGGAGCAAAGGGUUGAGGAACAUACCAAGCGCCAUCAUGGAGGCAUCUCAGGAAAAUUCUAACCCCACCGAGAAAGCCGAUACUCCAGGCCCAUUAGACAAUCUCUUGCAAGGCGCGAGCGCUGAAGUUCAGGCUAGUGAGGCGGCGUCUCCUGCUGAGUCUGGUGUCCAGAACGAAGAUGAGGAUGAUGACUCUCAGCCGAUGGAAGGAGUCGUUCAAGAUGCCCAGAAGGAAGAUUCUGAUGAAGAGCCUAUCAUUCCCGGUGGUAGACAGCUCAGCUCUCGUGCGAAAUCCGCCCAAGCCGCUCCUCCUCCGGCUCGAAAGCGUAAACAAGGCGUUGACGAGAGCAGCGAUUUCGAGCCCCCCGCUGACGAGGAAGAGACAAAGGGAGAUGAUGAAAUGUCAGAAUCCGAAGAUCCAAAGGGCAGAAAGAACUCGUCGGACGACUCUGGACGACGAUCGACGCGCCUCCGAGGUAGGCUGCAAGCCUCACAACGCAGCCGCCACAACUCGGAUAGUGAGGCAGACAGCGCCCUAGACGAGGACGAACUAGCAGAAGAGGCCGCAGAGCUUCGGCCAAACAAGAGACGCCGCAUCUCGCGUCGUGGCGUCCCGGACAACACUCUUACCUACGACGAAGGACCGGCGCUGAGGAAGAAAGCAAAGCCUGACUACCGCCUUAUCCGACCAGACCUCAAUUUGCAGAUUGACGGAGAGGACUCCAUCGCUCCUCCUCCACCGGUCCGCGGCAAAGGAGGACGAUACAGGUCCUUGUUCUCCACCGUAGGGCCCUUUGGAGGCGGAGUUGAGUCGCUGAUCGCAGGACCACAGGAAGCUGGUGCUCUUGGUGGCGCAGAUUCGGACAGCAGCGAUGAUGAUCUUCCACAGCCUGUAACUGGGGCAUCCGCCACUCUCGGAGGCGCAGUUGGCAUGACACCUACUGCUGCAAAAUCACAUAUGUUCCCUCAAAGCGCUGAAGCGCAGAAGACAACUGGAUCAGGAGGAGGUCCAGCAGAUUUCGGCAAAGUCAAGAAUAAGAAGGCUCUAGCAGAUGCGGAUCCGCUUGGGGUUGACCCGAACGUUAAUUUCGACGGCGUUGGUGGAUUGGAUGAUCAUAUCAAUCAACUCAAGGAAAUGGUCGCACUCCCGCUUCUAUAUCCAGAGGUCUUCCAGCGUUUCCAUGUCACGCCGCCGCGCGGUGUUCUCUUCCACGGACCCCCAGGGACAGGUAAAACUCUGCUCGCACGCGCUCUUGCAUCUAGCGUCAGCUCUCAAGGAAAGAAGGUCACCUUUUACAUGCGUAAAGGUGCCGACGCCCUCAGUAAAUGGGUUGGUGAAGCUGAGCGUCAACUACGUCUGCUAUUCGAAGAAGCGCGAAAGAAUCAGCCCAGCAUCAUUUUCUUCGAUGAGAUUGAUGGACUGGCCCCCGUCCGGUCCAGCAAGCAAGAGCAAAUUCAUGCUUCUAUUGUAGCAACCUUGUUGGCUCUCAUGGAUGGCAUGGAUGGUCGUGGACAGGUUAUCGUUAUCGGUGCUACCAAUCGCCCGGACUCGGUUGAUCCAGCUCUGCGACGCCCAGGAAGAUUCGACAGAGAAUUCUAUUUCCCCCUUCCCAACGUGAUAGGGCGACGUGCCAUCAUUGACAUCCACACGAAGAACUGGGAACCGCCACUGAACCCAGCAUUCAAGGAUCAGCUUGCUGAAGUCACCAAGGGUUACGGUGGUGCAGACUUGAGGGCUCUCUGCACUGAAGCGGCCUUGAAUGCCGUCCAGGGAACAUACCCACAGAUCUACCAAUCCGAUAAGAAGCUCAUUAUUGAUCCUAGCACCAUAAAGGUGUUGGCCAAGGAUUUCAUGAUCUCUGUCAACAAGAUGGUGCCCUCUUCCCAGCGGACAGUCUCCUCGGGUGCCGCGCCUCUGCCGAAACCUAUUGCGCCUUUGUUGCGAACUCCCCUCGAAGAUAUUGCCAAACUUCUCGACGAGAUCCUCCCUCAGAAGAAGAAGCUUACGGCCCUAGAGGAGGCACAAUUUGAUGACCGUGAUGAUGAGAAGGGCUUCGAACGCGAGAACAUGCAGAGAGCCUUUGAAAGUUCAAGAAUCUUCAGACCCCGCCUUCUCAUUUCUGGCUUGCAAGGAAUGGGUCAGCAGUACCUCGGAUCAGCGCUCCUCAACAAAUUCGAAGGUCUCCAUGUGCAAUCAUUCGAUCUGCCCACUUUGCUCGAAGAUUCCGCUCGAUCGCCUGAAGCAGCCAUCAUUCAGCUAUUCAAGGAAGUUCGACGUCACAAACCAAGUGUCAUAUACAUCCCGAAUGUCGAUGUUUGGUACCAAACCGUGGAACCCAAGGUUAUCAAGACCUUCCUCAGUCUGUUGAGAAGCGUUCCGCCGAACGAUCCCGUUCUACUUCUUGGUGUCCUGGAACUUGGUAGCGAAGAGGACAAGCCAGAUCCCUCGAUGUUGCGAGACCUUUUUGGGUACUCCGCCAAGAAUGAAUUCAAACUGCCUACACCGGACAAGAACGGACGACGAGAGUUCUUCGAGUCACUCGUUGCCUACAUCCGCUUGCCCCCCUCGGACUUUCCUAAUCCGGAGAAUAGGACAAAACGCAAACUCCCGGUCCUUGAAGUAGCACCUGAUAUCCAUCCGCCGAUAAUUCAAGACGACCCUAAGCAAGCCAAACUUCAGAAGAAGCGAGACAGGAUGACUCUCAACAAAUUGAAGAUGAUAAUUCAGCCAGUAAUGGAUCUUCUCAAGAAGGGCAGGAAUCGGUUCGUUCGACCUAUCAUUCCCGAAGAGAACUUUUCAUAUCUAUUUGACGAAAGGAAGGAUGGCCACGUUACCUCCGACCUAUCAGAAGAGCAAAGGCAAGAGCAGGGCAUGUUCAGACCGUACGAGGUCGACAGAGAUGCCAAAGGUGUUGAAGGAAUUCGACAUGUAGAGACCGGCAACUUCUUUUACAACCUAGAUCUUACCGUCAUCGAACAGCGCCUCUCGAAUGGAUACUACAAGAGAUUCAAAGACUUUUUAAACGACGUCAAAACAUUGGCCAAGGAUGCUAAGACAUGGGGCGAACAAGAACGAAUCCUCAAGGCUAAUGAGAUGGUGGCGAAUGUCGAAGUCGAUAUUGAAGGGAUGCAGCUACAGUAUCCUGAUCUCGAUGCUGAGUGCAAUGCUCUUUUUGUUCGUGAGCAAGAGAGGGCUCGCAAGCAAGUCGAAGCAGCUCAGAAGAAUCUAGCUCCUGGCGAAAAAGCAAAACCCGUCGCAACGAAUGUGCCGCCGGAGAUUUCCACUAGCGUAGAGACCUCAGGACCUAUUGUACUUGGAGAAAUAGUACCUGGUCGAUCAAUGCCACCUGUCACGCCGAUUCGCUAUCCCAACUCAUCCCUGCUGUCGAAUGGCACCAGCACAGGACACGACAGCCACCCUCAACAGAGCAACGGAUCGAAUGGACCGACACAUGGAGUUGAGGACACGCAUAUGACUGACAGUCAGCCCAUUGACUCUGGUUCCCAUGAGUUCCAAACUCCGAGUGGGCCAGCAGCCCAGACGCAAAAAUCUCAAGUGUCUGGGCGAACCUUCGUAGCGCCUAAUUCGCAUCCUGGUGAGUAUCAAAAUAGCGCAUCUACUACGACAUCGGGUCAGAAAACCUCAGAUCGAUCCGGUCGUUCUUCUGGCCCACAAUUCAAUACCCAGAGCACUAACGGUCUCGCUAUCGGGCUUGGCCCCGACUUCGCGAGCAUGAUGCCUCAGGCGACUGGUUCAGACAUGCCCGACACCCAAGGUACCGUCUCUAACUAUAGUUCAGAAAACCCUUGGACGAGCAGCCAAUCGCAACCUUCGCAGUCUUCCCAGCCGCAAAACCACAUGGCUGCACCACCUCGUCAAGCCACGUCUAUCCCUUCCAUCCUCAACAACGACCUACCACAACUUAUCCUGGACGAAGAGCAAAUCAAGAUGCUACAUGAGGAACUUGUAGAACGAAGCUCGGGAUGUUCUGUUGAGCAACUUGAACAAAUCAACGCAGUACUCAUGGAUGCGAUCUGGAAGACCCGCAGCGAGUGGAACCGUAACAGUGUGGUCCACAUCCUCACCAAUGCUUUCAACGAAGUCAUACAAGAUAUCGAGCACAUGCAGAAGUUGCAGGCGCCCAGUCAAGACGAUGAUGAUUACGAAGUCAACUACUUGCCACAGCAGCAUAGGCAGAACGACCGUGCUUACCAGCCUGAUCUGCGGCACUUCACGCCCGCAACAACACAGGCCACACAUUUCCGCUAAACUCCUUCAUCCUCUCAGUCUCUUGAUUAACUCAACUCGUCUGAGUUUGUCGGAUCUUUA